AUGGCGUCGGAUUCGAAGAGUUAUGUUAACUUGGGCGGCUAUCAAGUUCCGAAGACAGUGUUCGAUGGGCUGAGCCCCAUGGAGAGGCACAAACUGAUGAUGUCCCUGCGCUCUCUGCAGAAGACCAAAAUGGAAAGCGACCAGGGGAAGUACCUGGAUGACUACGACGUGCUGAAGAAAAAGUACCAGUUUGUGCACGACGCGGCCAGUGAAAAUAACUCCCUUCUGCAAAAGUACUACAAGAGCAUAUGCAACAAAUACGUCGUCUGCUAUUUGAGUGAAUACCAAGAGAAAAAGAUCGGCCUGAGGUGGAGGACGGAAGAUGAAAUUGUCAGCGGGAAGGGACACAUUAUUUGUUCCUCCAACGAUUGCGAGAACACGGAUUUGAAGACGUACGAAUUUCUGUUUCGGUAUGACGAGGGAGGAAUCCAGAAGGAGACGAAGGUGAAGCUCCGGGCCUGCAUGGAAUGCGCGUACAAGAUUAAUUACGGCGAAAUUAAAAAGUACCUCAAAAAAAAGUCCAAGCGAAAGCGAACGGAGAGCGGGAGGAAGAAGGACCAACCGGGGAGCAGCGAAAGUGGGAGGAGUAGCGGCGGUCGUAGGAAGAGUAGCGGCGGUCAUAGGAAGAGUAGCGGCGGACGUGGGAGAAACAGCAGCGAAAGUGAGAGCAGCAGCAGCGAAAGUGAGAGCAGCAGCAGCGAAAGAAAGAGCAGCAACAGCGAAAGUAAGAGCAGCAACAGCGAAAGAAAGAGCAGCAGCAGCGAACGUGAGAGUAACCGCAAACGUGGGAAUAGACGCUAGAUGGAGCCUCUCAUCUGCGCACACAAGGGGCGCGUCUACAACGAAAUUACCAAGCAGACAAAGCUUGCCAAAAAUAAAGACACACUGCAGAAGACCAAGUACCUGGACAUCUCCUCCAUCUCGGUCAUUAUCGACUGGCUAAACAGUCUCCAAUUAAGUAAAAAAAAUAUAAAUGAACAAAACAUUUACGAAGAGCUACAGAAUGGGCACUUAAUUUUAAGGCUAAUUCAGCUUUACAACCCCCAAGUGGAAAUUAAAGGUAUAUUUCCAAAAGCGAGAAAAAAAAAAUGUGCAAUCCAGAAUUUGGAAAAAGCUUUGUCAAUCAUUUAUGGAAAUAACCCAUAUUACUACUCCAUGGUUUCUUCGCUAGAUAUAUAUGAACAGAAAAAAAAAAAAAUUCAUAUAUUGUUAAUACAGCUUUUUAGCAAAUUCGAGUUCGCCAUUUUGACAAGAAUAGCAGGUCCCUUGUUAAACUGGUACAACCAAACACUUAGGAAAUUUCAGGUGCCCCUCCAUAGGGAGACACUGAGCAACCCCUUUGAUGUCACCCCGAGGGGACAUUACAAGGAGAAAGCACAUCUCAGAGGGGAUGACUCCCCAAAUGAGGAGGAACACAAAUCGGGGGACACCAAAUGGAAGGACUGCAUAUUGAAGAGCUUCGCAACAUAUGUCCUAUUUAAAGAUAAAGCGGAAGAAGCAGACAACUGCAUCCCUCACAUUGUUAACGAUUUUUCCGACUGCAUAAAAAUCUUUCUCAUAUUUUACAGAUAUGGUUACAUAACCCAAGAACAACUCAGACAUGCAAACAUAUUGGACAUACGAAAUAAAUACUUCUUUCUGCAGAAUUUGCUCAAAAAGUUGAAUAUUCCAAUUGUUUUGCAAAAUCAAUAUUUUAAUAAUCCCUGCGAAGUUGCAAUUCUUUUGCAGCUAAAAUUUAUUCAGUUCUUCAUUCGCAAAAAGUGA